GGGCUGUUUGGCGAGAAGGACACCCUCCCUCCUCCCCCACGACAAUCUGGAGGUUUUCGCUUCCGGUUCCUCUCCAAGAUGGCGGCCAGGACCAUGGCGGUAAAUUCAGCUGCCAGUCUGUGGGGGCCGUACAAAGAGAUCUGGCAGACAGUGGAGAAUGUGAUCUGGAAGCGUGUUCCAGAAGCUGUUCACCUGUUGGACCUCACACUCAAGAAGCACAAGCCAGACUUCAUCUCUCUCUUCAAGAAUCCGGCUAAAAAUGUACAGCACCGGGAGAAGGUGAAGAAAGCCAGCAUUGAAGGUAUUGCCAUCCAAGGUCAGCAAGGAACCAGGCUGCUUCCAGAACAGCUGAUCAGCGAGGCUUUUAUUUUGAGUGACCUCUUCGACAUCGGAGAACUUUCUGCAGUGGAGUUACUGCUGGCAGGUGAACAUCAGCUGCCCCGUUUUCCUGGCUUGACACGUGGCUUGGUGGCUAUACUGCUUUAUUGGGAUGGAAAGAGGUGCAUUGCAAAUUCUUUGCAUUCCCUCAUACAAUCGCGACAAGGCAAAACAUGGACUCUGGAGCUCAGUUCAGAGCUUGUUUCCAUGACAACACGGUUUACCGACGAAUUGAUGGAGCAGGGGCUGACUCAGAAGGUGUUGUGUUUGAUCAAUCAAAUAAACCUCAAUAAUGAGUUUGAAAAACUGCAAACUGCCCGUGGCUUGGGCAAUGCGUCUCAUCGCAAAGGGGUCUCUGAUCUGAUCAAGGAAUGCCGUCAGUCUCUGGCGGACUGCCUUUUCGCGUGGGCCUGUCAGACACCAUUGAACAAAGAUGACACGUUGUUUUUGAUUUCUCACAUGGAGUGUGUCACACUAGAGGCUGAUGGUACAUUGGAAAAUGUGAACUUGGCUCUCCUCAUGGCACUGCUGUAUUGCUUUGAUAUCAGCUUUUUGGAGCACGUCACCGAGGAUCGAGAAGAAUUAAUUCAUCAGCUACCAUUGUUGACAGAACGACAGUACGUCACUGCUAUCCAUUGCAAACUGCAGAACUCCCAGCCUUGGAAACUGACAGGCUUGCAAGCUGUGAUCAGACUGGCCUGGGCCUUGGCACUGCGAGGGAUUUCACAAUUACCUGACACUACAGCACUGACAGAGUUUACAGAGGCUGAUGAGAUGAUUGCGAACAUGGCCAUUAGCCAGAAUGCCUUCCUUUUCCUCACUGAUGCUGUGGUGAGAGCUGAGGGUUUACACCAAGAUGAGUUCUACAUCCGUAGGAUUCACAGUCUAAUCACAGACUUCUUGACGCUCAUGCCAAUGAAGGUUAAACAACUGCGGAAUCGUGCAGAUGAAGAUGCCCGAAUUAUCCAUAUGAGUCUGCAGAUGGGCAGUGAACCACCUUCCACAGUACGCCGUGACCUCGAACACUUAAUGCUGUUGAUUGGAGAGUUGUACCAGAAGGAUCCUUUCAGGCUAGAGCUUGCUCUUGAAUAUUGGUGUCCUUCAGAACCAGUUCAGACUACAAGCAUGACUGGUUCCUUCUCUGGUUUGACCCGCCAUAGACCACCACAACGCCAGGUUGUUCUGUCGAAGUUUGUGAGGCAGAUGGGAGACAUGCUACCCCCCUCUCUGUACUUGCCCUAUCUUAAGAUGCUACGCGGACUAGCCAAUGGGCCACACUGUGCACACUACUGCUUCAGUCUGCUCAAAGUUAAUGGCAGCAGCCACGUAGAAAAUAUCCAGGUAGUCGGAGGCAACCCAGUAUCAUGGGAACAUUUCUUCCACUCGCUGAUGCUGUACCACGAGCACUUAAGAAGAGAUAUUCCAAGCACCGACACCAUUCAAUACAGACACAUGCCCUUGCGAGGCAUAACACAGCGUGAAAUGGAUGGCCUCAUCGCCUUCCUUCAACUUACAGGCACCAUCGUCAAAUGGAGUGAGAAUGCCCGCCUGGCUUUGUGUGAGCAUCCACAGUGGACACCUAUUGUGGUUAUGUUGGGUUUGAUCCAAUGUAGCAUUCCACCUGGACUAAAAGCUGAAAUACUGAAGACACUGGCAGCAUUUGGCAAAUCACCAGAGAUUGCUGCUUCACUUUGGCAAUCACUGGAAUAUACGCAGAUGUUGCAGACAGUCCGAAACCCAAGUCAGAGGCAAGACACCGGAAUUGAGGUGGAGUUGAAUGAAAUUGAAUCUCGCAGUGAAGAGUAUCCUCUCACCAGAGCGUUUUGCUGUCUAAUAAGUACACUGGUCGAAAGCUCUUUCCCCACAAACCUUGGAGCAGGACUCCGUCCACCAGGAUUUGACCCAUAUCUCCAGUUCCUUAGAGACUCUGUGUUUCUUCGCUUUCCAACCAGAGCAUACAGGAGAGCUGCAGAAAAAUGGGAAGUGGCUGAAGUUGUGCUUGAAGUUUUCCAUAAGCUCUUAAGAGACUAUGAACCCCGACCAGAAGAUUUCACAGACCAAAUGGUGGAACUUCAAGGAGAGCUGGUGGUUGCAUACAAAUCUCCAGGAUACAAUUUGAUGUUUCAUCUGCUGAAUGACUCCCCGAUGCUGGGCCUUUGUCUGUGUCUUUUGGAGGAAGGUGUUAAGCUGCUGGACACCUACGCACCAUUUCCUGGUAAAAAGCACUUGGAAAAAGCUGUGGAAUAUUCCCUGGGCCUUUUGGAGCUGGCCCUGCAGAAGGAGAAUCAAUUCAUGGAUUGGCUAAGAGAAAGUCAUUCCUCCGUCAUCGCCACACCCCUUGAACAGCUGCUUCAGGGCAUCAAUCCACGCACCAAAAAGGCUGACCAUGUAGUCAAUAUUGCUCGAUACAUGAGCCAUGGAAACACCAAUCCUGACCUGGCGUUUGAAAGUGCCAAGAUACUUUGCUACAUCUCACGCUAUCCAAACAUCCAGGUGAAGCUAGUUGGAGACUUCACUCAGGACCAGACUGUCAGUGAAACUUUGAUGUCUGGUUUUGUGGACUGCUUGGACAGUGAAGGAGCUGAAGAAAUGAUUCAGGCUGACACUGGCAUUGUUGCAGAGAAGAAAAGUACCCAGGUCAGACACGACACCAAAAUCCAUAUCUUGAGUUUAUUGAUCAACUCCUUAGACUUGAAAGCUCCCAACCUGGCAUUGUAUUUACUGGGUUAUGAACUGCGAAAGCCAGUGAAUGCCACCAAUCUGCAAGAUCCAGGUGUUCUUGGUUGUCCACGAACCUGCCUUCACUCCAUUUUAAAUAUUCUUGAGAAGGGCACUGAAGGAAGGAAUGGACCUCUUGCAGUCAAGGAAUCUCCACACUUAGCUGAGCUUUGCUAUCAGGUGAUCUAUCAGUUGUGUGCAUAUUCAGAUACCUCUGGACCAACUAUGCGAUACUUGAGAACAAGCCAAGAUUUUCUUUUCUCCCAGCUGCAGCAUCUUCCCUUUACAGUUAAAGGCCAUAAAAUUUCAGCCUUGAACCAGAUGUCAUGGUUGAUGAAGACUGCUGGGAUCGAACUGCGUGUGACAUCUUUGAAUCGACAGCGUUCUCACACGCAGCGCCUCCUCCAUCUGCUGCUUGAUGAUGUACCACUGCGAUCUUACUCUGUUGAUGCAGAGGGGAGCCUGGAAGAAGAAACAAGAAACGUAACUGGGUUUCUGCAUUUUGACACCACCACCAAAGUGCGUCGAAAGAUUCUCAGUAUUCUAGAUUCAGUUGACUUCGGCCAGAAGUCUCCAGAAGAGCUUCAUCUGGAUUUUUUUGAUCGUGCCCAGAUUGAACAAGUCAUCUCUAAAUGUGAACAUAGCAACCAACAAGGCCAGACCGUCUGCAAUGUGAAGCUCCUUCACAGAGUGCUUGUUGCUGAAGUGAAUGCCCUCCAAGGAAUAGCAGCCAUUGGACAAAGACCUUUACUAAUGGAGGAGAUAAACACGAUCUUGCAGCAUGUGGUGGAGAGAAACAAGCUGCGGGAGUGUCUCAAUGCCAAGCGGCACAUGUUGGAGUCCUGGCGCCACCUGGUUGAGAUCAUUCUUGCAGCGUGUCCACUGGACUUGAUUCAGGAAGAGGACAGACAGCUGGUCAUUCGAGACCUUCUGCAUGAGCUUCAUGACAAGAUCCUCACAGAGGAGGCUGCCCAGGAGCUCAUGCCUGUGGUGGCUGGGGCAGUAUUCACUCUCACUGCACACCUCAGCCAGUCAGUCCGCAGUGAGCAGAAACAGGCGCUCAGCACCCACUCCCAUCAUGUCACCCUCCUCGAUGGCAGCACUACAUCAGUUGGGGAGGUAACGGCUGGCUUUGCCUCUAUUGGAGACUCUUCUCUUCAUAUCAUCCUCAGGAAGCUCUUGGAUUUCAUUCUCCGAACUGGUGGGGGUUUCCAGCGUGUAAGAGCACACCUCUAUGGAGCACUUCUGUAUUAUCUGCAGAUGAGUCAGAAACCGGAUGAACCGGACACAUUAGAAACAGGUCAGAAAACCAUGUGGGAGAGGCUAACGGCUCCAGAGGAUGAGUACACUAAACUUCAAGAAGACAACAUGAACAUCAUAGAGGGUUAUGGGGCAUCGCUGAUGGAGGUUGUUUGUCGAGAUGCUUGUGACGGCCAUGAAAUUGGGCGAAUGCUGGCGCUGGCCGUGUUGGAUCGGAUUGUGGCUAUUGACAAACAUCAACAGUGGCUCUACUACCUUGCCAACAGUGGCUAUCUCAAAACUCUAACAGAUAGUCUGAUCCAAGAUGACGCCAUCCUUCAGAGCAUGCUUAGUCCCAAACCUCCAUUACUGAAAGCCUUAUACCUUUAUGAAUCCAAAAUGGCCUUCUUGACGAGAGUGGCUAAGAACCAUCAUGGAGCCUUGGAGCUUCUGACAGCAGGCAUUAUUGUGCGCUUGUCCCAGUGCCAGGUCUAUGAUCACCGGCCUGAAACUGAGUCGCACAGUAUGUUUUGUAUAAGAGACCCAUCAGGAUUUAUCCCAGCCCCUGUGGAGCGGUAUCAUCAGAUUCUGCUCCCAGCUCUUCAACUUUGCCAGGUGAUGUUGACCUCCAGCAUGGGGAAACACCAGUUGGCUGCAACACAGGUACUGCAGUUUCUAAUUUCCCAUUCAGACCCCAUCCAGGCUAUUCUACGCUGCCAGGAGUUAACUGCAGCAUCCCUGAAGGAGUUAGCACUUUUGACAGGCAUUAUAAGCAAGGCAGCCUUACCAGGUGUGGUAAGUGUGAUAGAAAUGGAUGGUAAACAUGGGGCAACCAUGGAAUUUCAAGGUCAAAUUGGACGUUUCCAGCGUCAGUGCCUGGGCUUGCUCAGCCGAUUCACUGGAUCUGACCGACUUUAUGAGGUAAAGAAGCAACAGGAUGGCACUCGGGUCAGCGGAAUGAGCAAGAAGGAUGAGAUGGAGCUAGCUAUACAACAGAUUUGUGCAAAUGUGGUGCAAUACUGUCAGAAGCUGCUGAUACAGAGCAGUCCUGGAUCCCAGUACACUAUCUGCCUUUUUACUCCCAGUCUUGCUGAAGGCACAUCUCGAGAAGCAAGUAGGCAAGAUGCUCCAUUGCCAAUGGUACCUUACUGGAGGCUGCCCAGCCUUGGAGUCGUUCUGUUCCUGUUGAAGCAAAGUGCAAACGAUUUCUUCAGCAACUACGAGAUCCACCGGCAGAGUGUGACCAAGUACCAGAAUCUGCAGCAUCUACCCCCAGAUGAAAUCAAGGAGCUGUGUCAAGCAAUGGUACCCUUUGGAGUAGACAAGAUUUCAGCUGUUCAACGGCAUGUUCUGGCAAGACGUAGGCUUGUGCAGCAGAUCAAUCACCGGGCUGAGCUGCUGUCCCUCUAUUGCUUCAUUGUGGAAAAUUGUCUCUUUAUCUUGUGGCGACAUCUAGAGUAUUACUUCCUGUAUUUUACACCACCUGAUGCCCAUGUUUCCCUGAAUAUCCAGAGUGGAUCUUACAGAGGCAGGCGAUUUCAAGAUCGCAGUGGUCUUGAUGCAAGUCCUGAAUCCAGGCGCCUUGUUCUAAGUCAAGUAAACCAACAUGAUAUUGAGCAGCUUCAGAUUGAUGCAUCGGCAAGUUUUGGGGAGUCUCUGCAGAAGAAGCUGCUUGACAUUGAGAGUGUUUACUGCAAAGUUCGGUCACGACACUUGUUUAUUCAGGCACUGGUUCGACGAAUCCGUGGCCUUGUGAGGAUAAAGAGGUCCUGAUGGUCUUCUGCUCAGCCACAAGUGACUGUGCAUACCAUUCACCAGCUGUUUUAAUCUCUCUUUCUUCUCUUCCGUGCCCCACCACCAAUUAAAAUUAUGGGCUUCUGUACAGCUCUCAGUAACUACUCUGAUUUUUUUUUUUGUACUAAGGAUUGAACUGUAAUUACAAUUAAAUGUUAUUUUUCACGAAGAA